AUGUCGUCCUUGUCUUGCAAGCCUCAUGCGCAGGGGAAGUACCUGAAACUCCAGGACGAGGACUGGGCGAGAGGGAUCAACGGACCGAUCUUCAGCAGGACGCUCUGUGGAGGAGCCAACGCCUCAGGAACCUUGUUCAAGUGGGAUGAGCUGCCGAGCCGGCAGAGGGAGAAGCUUGUGCAGUCAGCGACGCCGAUCCCAUGGCAGGCGCUCGUACAGGAGGAGGAAGUUUCCUCUCCCUGGCCCCAUCACCCGGCAGGGCUCAACAGGACGCUGCCUCCUCCCGACCCUUCGACCCUCUACGAUGAGAACGGGAACCUGUUCAAGUCCGCCUUCACUCGCCAGCUGGAGGAGGAGCACUGGAGGAUGAAGAAGUCGAUGACGUCGCUGUCCAUGACGACGAGCAUUGGGAAGCCUCCCGGGUUUCAUCGGCCGAACCCUAUGGAGUUCACUAGGAAGAGCCUCAAGACCUUGCCGCAGCACGAUACGCUUCGCCUCCUCCAGCGAGACCUGCGGAAGGUGAUUGUGGAUGGGAGCAGGAUCGAGUCGAAGGAGGACAAGAAAAUCCGACGGCUACUCAUGGAGGACUUUUCCUCCCUGCUCAGGGGGGGAGAUUUGAGAUCGCCGAGCCGCCUCAAGCGGCUGAAGAGGAUCUCGAGGCUGAGCUCGAAGAAGGAAGAGGACGAGAAGCAGACGGAAGUUCAGAAGAAACCGGAAGAUGCAGCACGGAGGGUAACUGCUACCCUUGUCUUCCCAGCAAGACCGCCCAAGACGGCUCCACCCACUCACAGUCUGACAUUCCUGCCGGAGGAAAGUCGCCAGCAGCUCAUCGAUCAGCUAAAGGACGAGUGGGAGGGGCACAACAGGAUGCUACAAAGAUAUUCUCUGAGCCUUAAUUACCUCGACUCCAUUAGCAGAGUGAGAAAGCGGGAAGAGGCUGAGCACAACAUGAAGCUGAUUGAGGACAAGAUCAAGCUCCUGUCCCACCAGAACAUCAUCAUCCACGACCAGCCGCCCAGCGUCCGCACCCGCACCCGCACCCGCAUGCGUUCCUGA